AUGAGCGACAGGAGAGCUUCACCGCCUCGCCGUUCCGGGGUCAGGGACUACGAACGCGAACGCGACCGCGACCGCGACCGCGACUGGCGAUCCGGCUCCUCGCGCUACCGCGAUGCACCGCCGCCUUCCUCGUCCUCUUCACGGCCCUACGGGGGCGGGGAGAGGGGUGGACCACCGCCGUCUUCGAGCAGCAGGCACAAGAGGAGCGUCAGCCCGCCGUACGCUCGCGAUGGACACGAUCGGAGCCGCGGCGGAGGGGAUCGCGCGAGGGGCGACGACGAUCGAUACCGCUCUGCACGCGAUGGACGCGGGAACGACCGCCACGACGGCAGGGACCGCGAUCGCGAGCGGGAUCGAACUCGUCACGAUGGUGGUAGAUCAGGUCGUCCCCCUCCGGCACCGUACGAGGACUCUGCCCCACCGCCGUCAAGGGAGCACGACAGGUAUCGCGAGAGGAGGAGAAGCCGUAGCCGCAGCCGAUCGCCGGCACGACACAGGUCAAGAGGCGAUGAUGCGGAUCCGGGCAGGGAUCGCGACCGUCGCAGAGACCGCGAUCAUGAUCACGAUCGGGAGCGCGCUUCGAGCAAGGAAGAAGCCGGGCAGCCAGAGGACGGCGAGGUGGAAGAUACCGGCGAUGCGGCCGCAGGGCCGUCCGAAGAGGACAUGAUGGCCAUGCUGGGCUUUGGCGGCUUCGGCACCACAAAGGGCAAGAAGGUGGCCGCCAACGAGGCCGGCGCCGCCGAGGUGAAAAAGGAGCGGACGUGGCGGCAGUACAUGAACCGCAAGGGAGGCUUCAACCGACCGCUCGACAAGAUCUGA